AUGACCGACCUCGCUGCGGAGACGGCCGCGAUGCAAGUGUCUGACAAGAGUGUGCACCUCGACGAGACCAAAGGCAGCGACGAGACGGGCGAUGGUUCGUCCGCGAAGCCCUACGCGACCGCCGUCGCUGCGAUGCUCAAGCACGGUGCCGAUGUGCCGCUCCUCGCGAAGAAAGCCGGCGAGGAUGCGUACGAGCCGCUGUCCAACUCGGGCCAGAAGAAGGCCAAGAAGCUGUACGACAUGGCCCUGAAGAAGCAGAAGAAGGCCGAGGAGCAGGCUGCGCAGGAGCACGAGCGCGCGGCGGGCGAGCAAAAGAAGCUCGAGGAGAGCAAGAAGGUGGUGAUUGAGCCGCCGGCGGACGCGCCCAACGCGCUGCGCAUCAAGAUCGGCCAGGGGAUCCAGCACCGGGACGAGCGCAUCAAGGUUAGCGGCUGGGUGCACCGCCUGCGUGUGCAGAAGGACCUCAUUUUCCUCGUGCUGCGCGACGGCACGGGUUUCCUGCAGUGUGUCCUCCAGGGCAAGAUGACGCAGACCUACGACGCGCUCACCCUCGCCCUCGAGAGCACCGUCGAGCUGUACGGUGUGAUCAAGGCGCUCCCAGAAGGCAAGACGGCGCCGGGCAACCACGAGCUCGUGGUCGACUACUGGAAGUGCCUCGGCAAGGCGCCGAGCGGCGACGAGGCGUUUACGAACAAGAUCUCGCAGGACGCCGACCCCUCGCUCCUGGCCGACAACCGCCACCUCGUGCUGCGUGGCGAGACGGCCUCGGCGAUGCUCAAGCUGCGCGCCGCGGUCCUCGACGCGUUCCGCGCCGAGUUCAAGUCGCUCGGCCUGCUGGAGGUGAACACGCCCUGCCUGGUGCAGACGCAGGUCGAGGGCGGCAGCACCCUCUUUUCGCUGGACUAUUACGGCCAGAAGGCGUACCUCACGCAGAGCUCGCAGCUGUACCUCGAGACCUGCCUGCCUUCGCUCGGCGACGUGUUCUGUGUCCAGGAGAGCUUCCGCGCGGAGAAGAGCCACACGCGCCGCCACCUCAGCGAGUACACGCACGUCGAGAGCGAGCUUGCGUUUAUUACCUUUGACGACCUCCUCACGCACCUCGAGCAGGUGAUCUGCGGCACGGUCGACCGCAUCCUCGCCAACGACGAGGCGCGCGAGCUGCUCCUGCAGCUCAACCCCAAGUUUACUGCGCCCAAGCGUCCGUUCCUGCGCAUGAACUACAAGGAUGCGAUUGCCUACCUGAACGAGCACAACAUCCUCACCGACGAGGGCAAGCCGCACGAGAUCGGCGACGAUAUCGCCGAGGCUGCCGAGCGCAAGAUGACCGACGACCUCAACGUGCCGAUCCUCCUGCACUCGUUCCCGCGCGAGAUCAAGGCGUUCUACAUGAAGCGCGUGCCGGGCGACGAGCAGUUUACCGAGAGCGUCGACGUGCUCAUGCCGGGCGUCGGCGAGAUCGUCGGUGGCAGCAUGAGGAUGAGCGAUCGCGAGGAGCUCCUCGCUGCGUACAAGCACGAGGGCAUCGAUCCCUCGCCGUACUACUGGUACACCGACCAGCGCAAGUACGGCACGUGCGAGCACGGCGGGUACGGCUUGGGCCUCGAGCGUCUGCUGGCGUGGCUGGCUAACCGCUGGACGGUGCGCGAGACGGCGCUGUACCCGCGCUGGACGGGCCGCUGCACGCCGUAG